AUGAUUCGAACAACGAUGCCUAGGGCCUAUACGACCAGAAUCACGACUCCAGCGUUCUGUCAAUCGUUUGUCACUUCAAGGCCAAGAUUCAGCGAAGGAGAUACCGGUGCUGUUAGGUCAGGUGGUGUCGCCGCGGGUGACUCAUUUAUCCGCCGCGAGCAAGCCAUCGAGAACAUGUACUUUAAGCAGCACGAGAUGGAGAAUAUCAAGAAGAUGAGAGAGAAGCUCAUGGCCCAAAGAAAACACCUCGAUGAAGUGGAAAGCCACUUGAACGAAAUGGAGAAAGCGGCCGCUGCAGCACAACAAGGAGAAAAAUGA